AUGCGACGUUCAAUUGAAUCUGAUUUUGAAGACGAAAAUGAAAUUUGUUACACGUCCAAACGUCGAGCUCAUCCUAUAGUUCAACAUUAUGAUGAGGAUUCACUUCCAUCAUCAUCUUGGACAAAUAAUCCGAAUGAAAAUGAUGUUGACGACGAUCAACGCAGUUCCUCGAUUGACUAUUAUGACAAUGCAGAAGACAUGGACGAUGAAAUCUUCGAUUUACCAGCUAGCUCCAAUGAUCUGCCAGUUGCACCUCAACAAGCAUUAUAUUUAGCAACAAUCUAUGAAUUCCUACGUCAUUUCUCGCCUAUCUUACGUCUUUCACCAUUUUUAUUCGAACAUUUCUGUACAUCUAUGCUUCAAUCAAUUGAUCUCAAUAAUGUUCUUUUCUCACAAAUUCACAUAUGUUUACUUCGUUUACUAAUCAAACAGGAUGACGAUGACGGCAUUACCUACGCGUCCGAAACAGACAUCAAGGGUAUCAUUGAUCUUUCAUUUGUCACUAUGGACUAUAUUACGUGGCCGUAUAUUUUACAAUUAUAUAUGACAUCGCAUCCGCAGUUGAAAAUGUUCGCAGCCGUUAUUAAAGAAUACCCAUUUAACACAAGUAUUGAAGAUAAAAUUGAUGUGCUUUUAGCUUUGUGCAAUGUGGCAUUAACUACCAAGACCAUACGAAGAGAAUUCGAUGACACCAAACCAAAACAACACGAUGAUAAUUGCCGACAGUGCCAAAAGCGAGGUGAUUUACUUUGUUGUGAUCGUUGUGAGGCUACUUAUCAUCUCGGUUGUUUAAAUCCACCUUUGACAUGUGUACCGACGGUUGAAUGGUUCUGUCCAGUAUGCGAACAGAAUCAAGUAGAUGGCGUGACAAAUUGUGUUCCGCCGCGAGAAACUCGACCAUUCUAUCUGCGUCAUCGAUGUAUCGGACACGAUCGUGAACAGCGCAGAUAUUGGUUUGUUUGUCGUCGUUUAUUUGUAGAAGAUGAAACUGGUGAGGAUGUACGAUAUUACUCAACGCUCGAUCAAUUUGAUGCACUAUUAUCAUGUCUUGAUGAGAGAGGUCCCGAAAAAUUAUUAGUUUAUCGUUUACAAAAACGCUACAAUGAUGUAGCACGCUGUAUGCAAAUCACAGCUGAUCUCCAGACUUUAUCGACGCCACUGGAUAGAUCACCUGCGAUGAAAGCUGUAGCUGAAGUACAUGAUGAUGAACAGAGAUCAUCAUCGAUGUUUCUAGACGGUUCAAUACCUUGUUAUUUCGAAGAUGGAUCACCAAAAUCAGUGGAUUAUGAAUGUCUACUCGAUAGAAUUAAGUUACGAAUCAACUCUAAAGAACAUCGAAUGGUUAUGAUUGGUCAGAUAGACGGUAUCGUUGAUAAUGAUGACGAUAGAAAAGAAAAAGAUGUUAAAUCAGUUGUAAAAAAGAAAGAAUUCUUUGUUCAUUCAAGUAACAAUUAUGACUAUUCGUCAGGAAUCAAUGGACAAAAUCACUAUGGGAAUGAUCUCUCGAAAUCGAAUGAUUUACUUCCAAUGAAACGAUUCUCUUUAUCAAAUAAAGCUUUGUUGGAAGAACGAUUACGACAUGCGCAUAAUAUUCAUGGGGAAACAAAAGUCACACUUCGUCGUCUGACUGCGGAUGACAUUGAAGAGACAAUUUGGCAACGUUAUGAACAGUACCAGAAUAUGAGCAAAUACCCUUCGCAUAAUCGAGGUCACGCUUAUUCAAAUAAUAAUAACAACCGUGCACAUCCUACAAAUAGUGCUUCAUAUCCGCGAAGCAAUUACUAUCGUGAUUAUUAUACCGGUAAUAAUUAUGAAGAUGAAGAUGGCAUGCUACUUGAUAAUGAAUAUGAUGACUUUGGUGAUGAUUUCUUCCAGCAAGAAGAGAAUGUCGAUGAAUUCGAUAUGCCCUUUCGAAAAUACGAAAGCAGUCGAGUCUACCGAGGAACCAGUCGUGGUCGUCCACGUGGAAGAGGACGGCCUCCAUUGUACGGCGGACGAGUCGGACGUGGCUCUCAUUUCGGACAUCCACCACGUGGUGUCAAUCAUCUAACAACCGGUUCAUUUCAAUCUAGUCAACGUUUAAUUCAGCCCAAGCCUGAAUCUCCUAAACCAAAUGAACAGCAAGCACCGGCGAGAAAUAAACGCAAACCAGCAAAAAUCAAACCAGUAACAGUGUCAGCACAGGAAGAGAAGCCACGACGACCAGGAAAAGUUCUCCGCAGUGGAAGAAUAUCAAGAAAACCGAGACGAGAUUCGGAAACGGAUUUCGGCUCGGACAAUUCUGAUGAUAGCGGAGCUAAAGAUAAAGAAACCGGCUCUGACGACGACGAAGAAUUUGACUUAACGCAACUCGGUCUUGGAUUUGGUAAUACUUCGAAUGUCGCGAUCAAAAUCGCACGUGAUGGUUCAGCCUCAUCGAAUGAAUCCUUAGCAGGCACUAAUCUUCCUCUGACGAAUUUUGCAGCUUUUGCACAAAGUCAACUAUUAGCAGCUAAUCUAGCAGAUGGUUUGAUGGAAGAUAAUGACGAUGCCAGUAACGCUUCAGAUUUUAGUGCUGAAACUUUUGAAAGUGAUGAAUCGGAUGAUAUUCUCAGCGGAAAAGACAAGGCUAGUGAUGAAAAUCUUGAAGACGAAGAGUUGGAUGAUUUUACAUACAGUCAAACAAUGAUAUCGCUAAUCAAGAGUAUGCAACCGAAUCAUGUGAAAAUCGACUUAGACCUUCCCACGCAAAGCAAACAGAGUGACAGUAAUAAAGAUGAACAUUCUCUUUCCGACGGUCAUCUUUAUUAUGAAAACUACUAUCAGACGAAUCCUUUGGCAACAAGAAAACAAAUGCUGUUGAGCGAACGUGAUCGUCGUGCUCAUCUCGCUCGUAAGUUCAGUAUCAAUCAAACACCAUCGUUCGCUUGGUAUUCUCCAUCAUCUUCAAUCAAACCAAACUAUAUCUUGAAGAAUCUCUCUGAUAUUCUCCGUCUAACAUUGGUCUACUUCGAAAACACAAUUCCAUUGCCCUUCAUGCAUUCGCAUUGGAAACGCUACCGUUACAUAUGGGCGAAACAACUACUUGAUCUGGAUGCUAAUGUCUCACAAUCGGAAUUGAUUCGCCUCUUAUUACAGUUCGAAGCUUGUAUCAAGCCUGUUUCUUAUUUUGAUUUGUUUACUGAUCAAGUUGGUUAUAUAAAAUUUCGUCGUGAGACUGAAAAGGAACGUGAUGAAGCGAAAAAAGAAGAAAAAGAUGCGUUUAUCCGACGCAAAAUCGAUGCUGAUUCCAUCGUUCAGAAUGUCCAUUUUACUCGUCCACUAAAGCACAGUAUUCAUAAGCAACGAGGUGAAGAAUAUCGGCUAGCUGGUGGACAGGGAUGGACUUUUGUUCGUUCUACUCGACGUUCGUCUAUUCCGAAGAUGAAAACUAGCGUUGAUAUUAAUUCAUUGUUGACACGGCGAGAAAAUAUGUCUAAUGUGAUUGUCAAUGAACGUAACCGAAUUAUUGGUUUACUCGAAACAAAACUGAAAGCUGAUUUGGAUGCUAAUAGUGAUGUCGAAAAAGAGCUGGCUAAUUUGUUAUCAACCGCCAAAGAUGACAACGAUGAUUUUAUUGACGAUUUAGCUUUUAUCAAUUACAAAAUUAUUGAUUAUCAAGGCAGUUCAUAUCGCUAUCCAAUUAUGUCCGAAGACACACGUCGACCGUUCCAUUUGACUGCGACAUCGAAUGAGAAAAAAUCGAUCUCGAAUCCAUUUCGAUUACCAUUACCAUGGACAUUCUCAUUUGAUGCAAACAUUUCGCCCAAUAUAUUCAUUCUUCCAGCUUAUAUUCUUCGUCGAUUAGCACGAGCAUCAAUGACAUUAACGGAUGCACCCGGCUUCAUUAAUUCACGUUUGAGCGGCAUCGGAACGAGAUUUGGUUGGCCUUAUCCAUGUGGACGACCAUCCGUACGAACAGCAUGGUGUUAUAAAGUUCAAACUAGUACUUCGUUCUUUGCAAUUGCUCAUCAUAUGAAAUAUUUAUGGAACUGUAUCAGAUGGGAUCUAUUAACGGAAAAGCUUUCUAGUAUUGAUGAAUCAUCCAUCACUACUCAUGUCGACAACGAUGGCAUGAUGACGACUAUACAAGUCUUGGCUAAGCGCGAUUCAGGUCCAUACGAUUCUUACUGCGAGUAUUUUGUUCGAAAGACAAUUCAUUCCCAAUCGAGCGAUUCGUCGAAUUUUAAUAUUCCAAUAUCGAAAUCACGCAGUCGCGCUGUUCCACAUCCAUCUUCGAUGCUAGCGCCAAAUCGUUUAAUACUCACUGAACAAUGGUUACCCGAACGGCAACUUCAACCGAAUCAAAUCAAAUACUAUUAUCACAGUUUACUUGAAAAAUCUCUCAAACGAUUACAUAAGAAAGCCAAUGGUGAAAAACCUAAGACAAGAAAGAAAUCGCCUAUUGUUAACCCUCCUGUGCAGCAAACAGCGAAACCUUUCAUCGUUCGUAUACCACAUUUACAGCCGAAAUCGACACUGAACACUGAAAGUGGAAAAGUUGUUAUUGUCAAAGCUACAGGAGAAUCAUCCUCAUCUCCGUCAACAACAGCACAACCAACAGUAGCAACAAAUAAUCCAGUGCAACAAAAAUCGUUUUCGGUGGUUAAGUUAGCUGAUGGUCAAAUUAUUCUUGUUCCGACUACGGCUGUCCAGCAGAAUGAAAAUUCCGCAAUAAAGAUUGCUAGACCGCCUUCGCCACCCAGAUCAAAUCCACAAGCGGCAUCGGUUAGCCCACAAGAACGUCGAUUACGGGCUAUUGCACCUUCUCCCAUUACAUCAAUUCAAACAUCGAAUGAACUGCUCAAUAGUCUUAUCUCUCAACAACAGCAACAGCUUCUUCUACAACCACAAUUAGAACUGAACUCACGUUCGGAACCAACUCAAUCAACAGUUGUUCCUGAACCGGUGGCACCCGACACAAAUAUUCCAAUAGUUAAACCUACACCAGUUGUUUCACAGAAAACAAAAAGUAGUCGUAAGACAACUCCUAUACCAUCGACAUUAGAAGAUAGAAGGUUAAGACUCGACCCUGAAGAGGGUGUUAGGUUGAGAAUAUGUGAGGCUAUUCUUCGUUCUCUUGUAAGUCGAAUCGAACGUGAACAAAAUCAAGAAUCAAUGAAGAAACGUUCUAAAAAUCAAAAUCUUAUUGCUCAACCAAAAACAAACCAUCGGCAAAUAGCUUUAACUCGUCUAUUGAAUGAACGCGUGGAUAAUCUUCGACAGGAAUUUAUCGGCCAUCGAUUGAAUAAGAAAUCAGCUCUAGUAAAAGAACAGGUACAAAGUCAGCGCCUCAAACAGCAACAAAUAAUCUUGAAACAACAGCAGCAGAAGCAGCAGCAGCAAUCACCAGUAACGAAAGUCACAGAAAAAAAUUCGAGUUCAGACGAAGAAGUAAAACCUUCAUCGCCAAUUCCAGCAAAAAAAUCAAGAAAAAGUGUAGAAAACGAAACGAAAAAGAAGCAACAAGAGACGAAAACAAAAGUUUCCACAUCACCUAAACGAACUCGUCCUUUACCAUUAGUGAAAACUGAUGAUUCCGAUCAAAAGCAAGCCCCGCCAGCGAAAAAAGCUCGUGGCUCUCGUCCAAGAACUCCCGCAACUGAACCUCAGGAAGUAUCGGACAAUGAUGAAAAUCUUCUCAAAAAUCGUAAGUCUUCUUCCUCUUCUUCGACCAAUGUUGCCAAAAUGAAAUCAACUGAAAUACCCAAGAAAAUCAUUACAGUUAAAAAUUCGUCGAAUAAAAAAGGGAAGACUGAAGUCAGUCUUUCUGACGUCAACUGUAUCUGCCAGAAAACUGACGUUCCUGAGAAAUUCUUCAUUCAAUGUGAAACAUGUUCGCGUUGGUUACAUGGUUCAUGUGUUGGAUUAACACCGCGUCUUGCUGAGAAAAUGAAAGAGUUUAUUUGUAAUGAUUGUAAAUCUUUAACAGAAAAGACCAAAGAACGUUUGUAUUGUGUUUGUCAAAAGCCAUACGAUGAAUCCGAAUUCUAUAUCGGCUGUGAUGUUUGUGCUGAUUGGUUACACGGCGCCUGUGUGAAGAUUACACCGGAGCAAGCGGAAAAAUUCGAAGUUUAUGUCUGCCCAAGAUGUUCGACGAAGAAAAAACAAGAAUUCAUCAACAAGUCAAUCAAUGCUGACACAAAAAAAGAUCUUCUUCACCUGACUGAUCAACUUUUGGCGCACAAAAUGGCAUGGCCAUUCCAAAAACCAGUUGAUAUCAACGAUGUACCAAAUUAUCUAACGAUCAUCAAAGAUCCUAUGGAUUUAACAACAUUGAAAAGCAAGGUGAUGAAUAGUAAACUCAAAACAAUAUGUGAUUAUAUUCGUGAUGUGAAUAAAAUCUUCAACAAUUGCCGAUUAUUCAAUCCAAUCAAUUCAACAUUGUCUCUUUGUGCUAAUGUUGUGGAUAAUUAUUUUCGUCAACUAUUAGAAAAUAUGAUGACUAAAGACGAUAAAUAA